AUGGCGUCUUCUUCAACUUCAUCCAAUCAAAAGAGCUUUAAGUAUCAUGUGUUCUUAAGCUUUAGAGGAGAAGACACACGUAAGACCUUCGUUGAUCAUCUUUAUGCUUCUCUUAAGCAAAAAGGUAUUCAUACCUUCAGGGAUAACGAGGAGCUCGAGAAAGGAAAACGGAUCGAGGAGCUCUUCAAAGCCAUUGAAGAGUCGAGAUUGCUUACCCGCUCUUUUAUGAUGUGGAGCCCAGUGACAUCCGCAAACAAAGUGGGCCAGUUGGAAGAGCAAUCGCCAAACAUAAGACCAACGAACAGAUUAAGAAAUGGGAAAAGGCUCUUGAAAGUGCAGGCAAUCUGGUUGGCUGGGGAUCUGAAAAACAUUGCUAAUGGGCAUGAAGCUGAAGGCAUCAAAACAAUUGUUAAAGAAAUUUCAUUCAAGUUAUGGUCCAUUCAUUUGAGCAAUGAUGAAAAUGUAAUAGGCAUGGACCACCGGAUGCAAGAGUUGGAGUCAUCUUUGGGGAUCGGUUUGAACGAUAAAGUGCGUAUGAUAGGGAUCAAGGGAAUGGGAGGCAUUGGGAAGACAACUUUGGCCAGAGCUAUUUUUGAUAAUCUAUCUUCUCAUUUUGAAGGUAGUAUCUUUGUUGGUGAUGUAAGGGAAGUAUCAAAAAAGAAGGGCUUGGAGUCAUUGCAAGAACAAAUCCUUUCAGGGGUUCUAAAUGAUGCACACAUGCGUGUGGGGAGUGUUCAUGAUGGGAAAGAAUUCAUGAGAAUGAGGUUACCCUAUAAAAAAGUUCUUCUUGUUCUAGACGAUGUGGAUGAUGAAGAGCAGCUUGAGGCGUUAGCUGGUGAUUGGUUUAAGGACGGAAGUAGAAUCAUCAUUACAACAAGAGACGAGAAAGUGCUGCUAGCACAUGGAGUCGAUACAAACUGGAUUCAUGAUGUCGAUUUCUUUUCGGAUGAGGAAGCAAUGAGCCUGUUUAGUAGGUAUGCAUUCAAGAGAUAUAUUCCAGAUCAAGGAUAUGAAGAGCUUUCAUUAGAAGUAGUACGUUAUGUUGCUGGUCUUCCCUUAACGGUUAAAGUUUUGGGUUCCCAUCUGCGUGGUGAAAAGAAGCUUGUAUGGAGUGAUGCACUAAAAAGACUAAAAACAAUUCCAUCACGGAAAACUCUAGAGGUAUUGGAAAUAAGCUAUAACAGCCUAGAGGAUGAUCACAAGGAAAUGUUCUUGGAUAUUGCAUGCUUCUUGAAGGGGAGUCCUGAAGAAUAUGCAAUUAAAAUCCUUGAUAGCUGUGGAUUUCAUGCUACAUAUGGUUUAAGAGUUCUUGAGCAAAAAUCUCUAAUAACGAUUUCAUAUAAUAGAUUGGGCAUGCAUGAUAGAAUAGAAGAAUUGGGAUGGAAUAUUGUUCAUCGAUCGCACCCCCAUGAACCCAACAAACACAGCCGACUCUGCAUUCACGAGGAAAUUGAAGAAUUAAUCUCUAAUGAUGCGGUGCUUAAGAAGCUUAGGUUCCUGGUUCUUAUGUAUUCAGACUUGAGGACCCUCGACUUUGGGAUGACUCCGAAUCUUGAGAGGUUAGAUCUUCAAGGAUGUUAUGAUUUGACAGAAGUUCAUGCGCCUGCUGGAUGCUUAGAAAGGCUUGUCUACUUAGAUUUAGGUGGUUGCUCAAGGUUUAGAUCUUUCUCGUUUAUCAAACAAUUUGAAUCACUUGAGCUUUUUAGGUUACCCAACUUAUCUGUGCAUGUGAAAUGCUUGGAGGAAUUCCCAAGGGACUCCAGCAACAAUCUGCCAAUGCUACAAUUUAAGUUUCAUUAUUUUAAAGAACAACCCUCCUCAACCGGUGUCUAUCUAGAUCUCCAGCCUUGCACAAAACUUGAGAGUGUUUCAGGAAGCAUUUGUGGUUUACAACAUCUAAGAGAACUUACAUUCCAUGGCUGUAUUCCUGAGGUGCCCAAGGACAUUGGCCAGUUGAAAUGCUUAGAAGAGCUCACUUUGUACUCUACACACAUCAUAUGUCUUCCGGAAGGUGUUUGUAUGCUGAAACAUCUAAAAUCUCUCAGUAUUAUAGAUUGCCUGUAUCUUGAAGAGUUACCGGAGAAUCUUGGUUGGUUGGAGUGUUUGGAGACGUUAAAUUUGUUGUCUACAGGUAUUAGAAGUCUUCCAGAUAGCAUUUGCAUGUUAAAACAUCUGCAAUAUCUUAACCUUGAAUCUUGUCAGCUUCUUGAGAAGUUACCAGAGGAUAUUGGGCAAUUAGAAUGUUUAGAGGAGCUGAACCUGAAAAAAUGUGCAUCUUUACGAGAUAUUCCAAACAGCAUCUGUAAGAUGAAAUUUUUGACAUAUUUCUAUCUCCCCUUUUGUAGUCAAGUCCAGAAAUUGCCAGAGGAAUUUGGAAGUUUAGAGUGUUUAGAAGAGUUGGAUAUAAACUGUACAGGAAUAAGUCAUCUUCCACAGAGCAUUUCUUCAAUGGAAGGUCUGUGUAUUGUUGGAUCUGAGGCACUUCUUAAGUCAUGUGCUUUUGCAACUGAGAUAGAGACCUCAGAAACUAAAACAUUCGGCUACAUACAAACCAUGGAUAACACAAGCGCCCGAAGGCGAUUAGGGAACCAAUUCACAUAG